AUACGUCUGUAAUAAAUAUUUUCAUAUUAUAUUUAUUCGGUGAUACUAAUAAUGAUUUAUUUAUAAAUAUUUAAACUUAACGCGUAGCAGCGUAAUAGUGUUCGAUUAUCGCAAGAAAAUAAAAAAAAUACUCACCUUUAAUUAUCACCAAAUUAUAUUUAUAUAACAAAUUGUAGUACGAGGCCCUGUUUUUUUCGUGUUUUGAUUUAAAUACAUAUUCGGAGUAAAUAAUAUAAUAUAAAUAGCUAGAAUAUUAAUGUAAUGUAAUCAUGGAAAACAUUAAGAUAAAUACUUCCCUAGCGUCUUUGCCUGAUGAAAUAAUAUCAUUAAUACUUUCAAACAUUGAGCCUCGAGAUAUCAUCAGAUUUUCAGUUACAUGUAGACGGUUUUAUGAAAUUGUAAUAAAUAAUGAUUACCUUUGGAAAAUUAAGUAUUCUGAAAUGUUACCCAAAGAAAUUGUCACAGUUGUUGAAGAAAAUGAUUGCAUAUGGUUAAGAGAAAUGAUUCAAUAUUAUAAACUAAAGAGAAAAAUAUUUAUUGAACUAGUUUCUAUGUCUCCAAAAUCUUUUUGGAGAGUCUAUGAAGUAUCAAUUGAAGAUGUGAGAAGCUUUUUUGCAUUUGCAACGGAAACGAAUUUAAGUUUUUAUUACACAGUCCACAUUCUACAAGGUAUUGUUAAAAAAGGGACUAAAAUUUUAGAUGCUCUAACAAUUGUAAAACCAUUGUAUACAUUGACUGUAAUGUAUUAUACGAAAAUUGUUCUUCGUCAUUUGAUCCAAACAUACCUUGCUAUUAAAUGGGUAAAGCUGCAUAUGAAAAACAUGUUGACGCCAGAAGUUGUUAUAACGUUCUUCCUGCAGUGGAUAGACCCCAUUAAUAUUUACACCGAUGAAGAAGUUGAGAUUAAGAUCCAGGGCUUAGUCGCGAAAGUUGAAAAUGUUCUAAAAGAGGUAUACUCAAAUAAUAGCAACGAAAAAGAGGAUUUCAAAUAUUCCGAUAAAGAAGUGCUGCUUGCAUUGACACAAGUAAUAUAUAAAGAUGAAAAGUUUUCUGUUUGCGCGAACACCAAAGUGAAAACCUUAAACUUAGCAAAGGUAAUAGAGGAAAGUAACGGGAACAUCAUAACAUAUGCAGUGAUUUAUCACGCUGUUGCAAAGAGGCUCGGUGUGAAAUGUGAUCUGAUUGCAUUUCCAAAUCAUUUAUUCUUAGAGUGGCAAAAUAAUGAAGAUCCGAGUACGCCGUUGUUCACAAUAGAUCUGAUUACCGGGUCUGUAAACCCCAAGAGACGGUGUCCUUUCUCACAGAGCGCAAGUAGUGAAUACGAAUACGUUCCCGAUUCCCUCCUGCAGUACAUAUAUUCUUCUUACAUGAAAUCAAAAGGGGCUAUUCGAGAUUGUAAAACUCAAAAUGCAAUUCACCUACUGGACUUCCUUGGUACAAGGCACAUAAAUAACAAUCCUUACAAAAAUUUCUUUACUUAUUUGAUAGAACACUCCGAUACUCCAGUCAUGGAUACGCCGCUUAAUAUGACAUAUAUACAUGACGUACAUCUUCAGAUGUUGGUGGCAUUAGCAAAUUUAAAUCCGGCUCCAGAAGUCGCUUAUCAUACCGUUUCAGUUAAGAAACACCGAAGUUAUGUAACAUUCGCUGUGGGUAUGAUAUGUUACCAUAAAGUAUACAACUAUAUGUGCAUCAUACUCGGGUGGGAACUCGAUGGCUCACACUUACGGAUACCUACUGAAGAUAAUCUCGGCCUUGGGCGGGAUCAGCCAUUUUAUCGUGUUAUUGCGGGAGAUCAGUCUGAAAGAUAUGUAGCUCAAGAAAACUUAAUGGCAGUUACGACGCCUUUUCGUAUACAUCGCCUUGAAGAUCACAUAGCGAGAGAAUUUACACAUUUUGAUGGUUUUUCUUACGUUCCCAAUAAUGAAAAGAUUUUAGAGUAUCCAAAGGAACAAUUAAUUACUGAAGUAUUCAGAAAACGUUUUGUCAAUGUUGCUAUACCUUAAAUUAUAAAUAAAUAUUAUAUACCAUCGUGUAUAACACUUACAUAAAGUUAAUUAACUGAUACUUAAAGAUCAUUUUUAAGUGUAUUUUUUUAAAGAAACGAUUUUACUGUUUAAAGUUUUUUUUCAAAAGUGUAUUAUGUCUGUAAGUAUAAUAUAGGCGCAAUCUAAGUUGGCUGGAAUGAUGUAAUAUUAACAAGUUUAUCGCAUAAAUUAUUUAUAGGAACAAAAGUGCAGAGUAUUCGGGAGGAGGCUUGAAAUGCAUGUCAAUGGUCACAAGUCAUGGUCAAAUAUCGAUUAUGAAUUUAGAUUUAAUAUCAAUUUUAUUCCAUUAAUUGUAUGGUAUAAUUAAAACUUGACUAUCUAUACUGAUAUAAUCAAUAUUUAAAUUGUUGUCUAGUCAUUAUUGCGACUAAAUGACAACAAUUUGGAUUUGAUAUGGUUUUAUUUCGUUGGCGGUUGUUUUUUUUAUAGUCGAUAAGCAAGUGUAAUGGUUUUAUUUAAAUUUAGUCGAUUUGUGUAAUCGCUAUUUCUUGUUUUAAUAGUGGUUGUGAUAAUAUGUAUUAAGAAUAUUAUUGAAAAAAUAAAUAGAAUAUAAUUCUACUAUAUAUAUUCUUACUAAUAAAAAUUGACGCUGAGGAGGACAAAAUAGAUUUUUUCAAACCAAUCUUUGGAAGGAUUAAGAAUCAGUGGCUUCUCAGAGUGCUAACUCCAGUCCGGCCAACUUAGCCAACCUAAUAUUACCUACCAAAAUUUAUAAAUUUAAUUUACACAUGUUAAGAUAUAUUAAGAUGUGCAUAUAUAUUCUUUUGUUAUAUUAAUAUUAUAAAUUGUAAUUUAUAU